AGUUAUAUGUAACAAUAAGUGUGAGACUCCGGCAGGAUUGGACAGCUCCUACGUGAAAAUCAAACAGGGGGACACAAAGACCGAUUGUGAAAUCUCUGUGGCUAUCGAAGGUAAUAUAGAGGCGUACAUAUACCGUGGCAGUCCCUCACAAGGCUCCCAGUGGCAACAAUGCUGGGACACUACUGAGAAUGGUGAGUCUACUGUAUGGAGGAGAUCUUCGAGAUCGCAUGCUAAAAAUUGGGGAAGUCAUCAACCAGUGUAUCAAGAAUGGUCCCAACAAAGGCUGGUGGAAUGGUCCGGACUACGGUCAAUUUUACGAGGCCGGUUUCCGCCCUUUGAACGGCGAAGGAUCGAAACACGAAGCUUUCUCUGGCGACUCCACACUCAAUGGACCGGUCGCACGGAUAUUUCCCUCUAGAUCUGACGGUACUAUCGACUGCGCCGGUGGUUAUAGAGGCAGCGGCGCCAGAAUGUCUGACUGUCGAUCGAUCGUGCAGGACCAGACUCCUAAUGAGAAUGCGGAGUUCUGCACCUCAUCCCCAGACAAGGCUUGUAUCCGACAUGGCAAGACUCUCAACGCCAAGGGCGAAGUCCUGAGCUCCUGGUGUGUGAUUAAGGAGUACUAUUCAUGCGCUUUCGUCAUCGCCGACAAAGAUCCUCGCUUUGGGGGUGGCCUUACUGGACACAGUUGCAUCAGCGGGCAAAACCUUGUUGAUAUGAGUAUCAAGGGAGCGGAACAGUGUGACAGAUACAGCCCAGGAACAGCCGUUGCUGCAGGGCCUGUUCGAUCCUUUGGCGUCCCAGCGCAGGCGUUAUGCCUGGUAAGCAAGGAUCACCCAGAGGUUUGCGCUGUGCAUUAGAUUUGAUAGUUAUACCCCUUAUUCGUAUCUGCCUGUAUAUAGCGAAGUUAUUGUAUUUGUAUUCUGCGACGCGCCAAUGUCAUCGGGCCUCUCAGGCUUCUUUGUACCG